AUGCCGCCGGCCGCCGAGCCGCGGGCGCGCCGGCCCGGAGUCGGGGUGGGAGUUGUAGUGACUAGCUGCAGGCAUCCUCGCUGUGUCCUCCUGGGAAAGAGGAAGGGGUCAUUUGGAGCUGGCAGUUUCCAACUUCCUGGGGGUCAUUUGGAGUUCGGUGAAAGCUGGGAAGAAUGUGCUCAAAGGGAAACCUGGGAAGAAGCAGCUCUUCACCUGAAAAAUGUUCGCUUUGCCUCAGUUGUGAAUUCUUUCAUUGAGAAGGAGAAUUACCAUUAUGUCACUAUACUAAUGAAGGGAGAGGUGGAUGUGACUCAUGAUUCAGAACCUAAGAAUGUAGAGCCUGAAAAAAAUGAAGGUUGGGAGUGGGUUCCUUGGGAAGAAUUUCCUCCACUGGACCAGCUUUUCUGGGCACUACGUUGUUUAAAGGAACAAGGUUAUGAUCCAUUUAAAGAAGAUUUGGACCAUCUGGUAGGAUACAAAGGAAAUCAUCUCUGGAUGAACAAGAUUAACUGA